CGACAUUAACGGGAGCCAGUCACGGUUUCCCAAUUCUGCUGCCUUGAACGGUUUCCGUAAUCGGACUGGCCCUGAUUCUAGUCGACAAGGGAAUAGUCUGGGACCGCGGACCAAGUCGUGACUGCGUCACUGCGACGGUGCCUUUUUGGUAUUCUACCACGCAGCGCACUCCCAUCGUCAACCCAAGGCCGGGCAUUUGGCGGGCCAGACAAGCCAGCACCAUGUCCAACUUAGUCCAUAUCGAGUCGACCGACCAGUUCUCAGCCCUCCUCUCCUCCUCGAAGAUCGUUGUUGCCGACUUCUACGCCGACUGGUGCGGGCCGUGCAGGCAAAUCGCCCCGAUCUUUGAGCAACUGGCAGCGCAACUGUCUCGGCCAAACAAGAUCACGUUCGCCAAGAUCGACACCGACAAACAGCAGGACAUUUCAAGGUCAUAUGGCAUCCGAGCCCUGCCCACCUUCGUGGUCUUCAAGAAUGCGCAGGCGGUCAAAUUCAUUCAAGGUGCAGACCGAGAGGGGCUCUCCAACGCGGUGAAAGACUUGGCCAACGAGGCGAACAAACUGGAAACAGGAGAGGGCGCAGGGGACUCAAGCGGUGGCACGUGGCUGGGUGCAGAGCUACCAAGAGGAUACGGCGAUGUGACUUCUCAGAUUGAUGUCUUGGGCAUGGAACUGCUCAACUGGGAUUCUGAGCAUGGAAAUGCACGAACGUUGAUCGGCGGCAGCAAGCCCAAAGGACAAGCAGAGGCCAAGGCAGAUUGGGUCGAAAGCGACACGGAUGAACAACUCAUGCUCUACCUCCCCUUCAUGUCUACGCUGAAGAUUCACUCGUUACACCUCACGUCCCUACCCGACAACACAGAUGAUGAUGAAUCCCCAAGCCGGCCGACGCAAGUCAAGAUCUACACCAACAGACCUCGCAUCCUUGGUUUCGACGAGGCCGACGAUACGCAAGCGGCGCAAGAGAUCACGCUGUCCGAGAAAGACUGGGAUCCAAAGACCGGGACUGCCAAGAUUGAACUGCGCAUUGUCAAAUUCCAAAAUGUGUCCAGCCUGGUUUUAUUCGUGGUGCAGAGUGAAGGCGACAACGAGAAGGUCCGGAUUGAUCGCAUCAGGGUUAUUGGUGAGACAGGAGAGAAGAGGGAUGGGAAAAUCGAGAAGAUCGGAGCAGAUGAUUAAGGGGCGGAGAGACACUGGAGCUCAGAGAUGCUCCAGCAUGCGACAUGAGAGACGACCGCAUUCAGGCUGGAGACAAAAGCGACUCAUACAUUGGGGGGCAAGCAACGCUGCAAACAAAAAAAGAGCAUAGACCUUGGAUGGAGUUUCCAUUCAUCUUUAGGUAGAAGAUCAAGACUCGUGUCGCAGCCUUAUGACUUUGUUGCUGCUGCAAACCAACAUCCUCCAUCCGUCUCUCAGACGCCUAGUUUAAAUUCAUCACAUUCCUAG